CGGGCCCUCAAACCGCCAUUUAAAUCACUGCAACCGAGCUAAGGGAUGGACGAGUCAGCCAUGCAGUCAUCAGUGUCACGAUCCAUGCAUAUCCAUCCAGCUGUGCAUCAAGCCAGGUCAGAGCUUCGCAUGGCUGGGUCUGUCUGCCCCCCUCCUGAGAAUGCGCUGCUCCUCUAAGUAGGUGGUGAUGAACAGCGGGCACUCGCGAAGCGUCACUAAAUCCGCCACCAGAUCGCCCGCCUCGUCCGCACUGCUGCUAAUCGUGCUGGGGGUGGAGGUGGUGGUGCCAUCACCGCCCUCCUGAGGAUGCCCCUCAGCCGCAUUGAGGUCACACACCACCUCGCGAAUCAACUCUCUGCACACGCACAACACACACACAGAGAGAUCAGCCAUUCCAUUGGCAGGCGCGUGUGUGGGGGGGUGUUGGUGUGAGAGACAUACCUGACGAGCGGUGCGGUGACUCUGUCUGCAGCAGCUGCCUUGUGUCGCUUGUGAGUGACGACGGACAGGGGCGCGCGGGAGUGGCUGUCGGCGUCAGGGACGGCAGCGGGGGGCGACUCGAAAGGCACGCCGUGGCGGAUCUGCUGCCAGAUCUGACGGACAGAGGCACACACACACACACAUCGGUCGUCGUGGGUGCGUCCACGGUGUGGAGGGGUCGGGGGCCUGGUGGUACCUGUGCCCGUGAGAUUUCAGCAGUGGCGGAGUCUUCUACCUUGCCGUUCAUAAUGAGGUGGCCCCGCCCCUCCAGCCAGCCCUUGACGUAGCGCACACACACCUACACACACACACACAGCAGACCAGACACGUGUAACGUGACGGCCGUCUCUUCCUGGCUCACUGACCUCUAUGUUGGUGCGGAGGCUAUCGAGAGAGACGUCACUCUCUGCACACAUACAAACAGAGAGUGAGAGAGAGGGAGAGCGGAUGGGACCUUCUGUGUGCCUGUUGUAAUUCACGCCAGCGUGCCUGUGGGUAUCUGCAGCAGGUCGUGCGCCGUGACGGUGUCGGCAUCUCGAGCAGCGUAAGACGACAGCUGAUUCGGACACCUGGGUAACACACCACACCACACACAGACAAAUGAUUCCCUGACGUGGCGUUGAGAGGCAUCCCACCGACCCUACCCCUUUGCGAAGUGUUUGGCGAAUGCGUCCUGGACGGGCUGCACCAGCGACAGGUCGUAGACGAGCGCACCGUCCGCACCCGCCAAGGCGUCACCCUCCUUGGCUGACACACACGCACUCACCUGCAGAGCCAACACACCCAACACACACACAGACAGCAGACAGGUAGGUAAUCACUUUGUCCAAGGGCCUUGAGGCAUGUGUGUGGGUGGUUUGUGUGUACCAGCAGUUGUUUGUCGUGUGUGGUGAGUGAGCCGUCGUCGACGCCAGCGAACAUGCCGCCAGUGGCGGGGGCGCCGCGCCUGAGCGAGUCAGGACGGAGGGGACCAUGGAUGCCAGUGUGCGUGUGAUGUGUGUGUACCUGUGGCAGGUGGCUAUGACCUUCCUCCGGUAGCUCCUCAUGAAGUGACGAUCCAUCGACACAUAACUACACACACAGAUGCACACACAGACACACACUGAUGCCGUCCGUGUGCGCCCUUCUCCAACACGAUGGUGCCCACCUUUACCCACCGGUUUCUAUCAGGGAAAAUUUUGCGUCUGUCGUGGCCCAUGCGUGUGAUGAAUGAGGCCGCGUAGUCCCACAUGCCGCAGUUGAGGCCGGCCGAGUGGUUCCGCAGCUCCCACAGCAUCUCGUCCAUCUCAAAGGCUGCCGGCAGACUCUCAAUCAACACACACGCUGAACCAAACAAUACACACACAGAACGCUCAUCGCCCUCUCUCUCUCCCUCUCUCUGUAUGUGUGUGUCGUUUCCGUGCACCAAUCGCACCUUUGAUUGUGUUUGCGGGAAUGUCGAGGGCCUCCUCUGUCCAAGUGAAGAUCCUGUCCCACAGAGCGGCCUCACUCGCACUCUCCAGCUGCAGCACACAGACACAGAAACGAGACGAACCACCCACUUGUCAAAUGAGUGCAUCCCUCUGCUUGUUUGGUGUGCAUGUGUGUGGUGCCUUUGAGAGGUAGAGGAAUGGUCCCCUGCUGAGUUCCGCCAGGUGUCGGCCGGACGAGAAGACAAACAUGCCAAAGUCGAACAAGGCGCCGCUAACGCGACGACCUGCACACACAUAUACACAGGGAGGGAGAGAGAGAGAUGUCACCGAUGUCAGUCAUUGGCUCGGCAUGGCGCUGACCGUUGACCAUGACAUUUGCCUCGAUCAUGUUCCAUGCACGAGGGCUGCAACACAGCACAACACAGCACAACACAGCACAACACAGCACAACACAGCACAACCAAUCAGCGGCGUGUCCAUCCAGACAACAAUGUGUUUGACAACGACGGACUCACCGGACCAUCAUGACGGUGGAGGUGCCGUCUGUGGCCGCACGUGUGUGGCCCUCCUGGUCGCCCGGCAGCUGACCCCUGGCCGCGUUGGCCACAUUGAGGUGACCGAUCAGCACAUUCCGCCACGACGGACAGAAGCCGUCGUCGAAGUCAACCUGCACACACACACGCACACACACAGACGCUGAUUGUUUCAGGCUCGACGACUGUCAUGCGAAUGAGUGGCUGUGACUGACCUGCACGCCCUGUGCGCCGGAGAGCAUGGCAUUUCGCAGUAGAGGUCCAUUGGAGGGGUCGACGUCGCCGAUGUCCACUCGGCGGUCGAGCAAUGCCGCUGGCAGGGGGGCUAUCCUCCAAUCAGACGACCUGCACACAUCACAGACAGACAGACAGACAGGCAGACAGACAUGUGGGUCAGUGUGUCGUGAUCUGGAGGCUGACCUGGUUUGUGCGGUUGCAGCGCUAAAUUCUGAAGGACCACGGCCCUCCUGAUAGGCCUGACAAUCACACACACGCAAUCACAAGCAACAGAAUCACACACGCCGAUGCCGCCCGACGACGGAUGCAUCAUGACUCGCUGUAUGUUGGCUGACCGUGUGUCUGUUGGCUCUGUCGCGGUACAGCUGGUUGACGUCAUCUUCAAAUGUGCUCACCAGCCGCCGCAGGAAGUCCAGUGCGCCCUCCGUCAGCACGGUGGUGUACGCCUUGUGCGCCUGAGGGUCGCGAGAGGCAGAGGGAAACUCCAGCACCUCUAUCCAUGAAUCCAUUCCUGUCCGUGCCGAGAAG